AUGAAGAAAAAGGGUAUCAUAGAUAUUAUUUGUGCUAAAAGUAAAUUUAAUGAAACAAAAUCUCAAUAUCAAAAAACAAAAUCUAAAAAAACUCAUACUGAAUAUAUUAAAGCAACAAAUGAUUUAUACAAGGCUGCUUACUACUUGUCUAAUCAUACAGAAACGUUUGAGAUUCUUCAAAAAAUUCAAAAUGAAGGUAAUGAAGAGACUAAAGGUAUAAUCAAAUUUAAACUAGGAAGAAUGUAUCUUGGUGGUUUUGUCUGCAAAAAAAAUAUCUUUGAAGGACUAAGAUUAACUAUAGAAGCUACUAGAAAUGGUCAUACUAAUACUAGAGCUUGGGUUAAUAAUUAUGAUUCAUCUGAUGAUUUUGGUGCAUCUAUUGUUAUCAAAAGAGCACAAGGUGGUGGAGUAGGUGUUGGCAUAGUGCAUGUAGUUUCUAUAAGAGUACAAGUAACG